CCAAGUCCACCAAGUGCGCCUUUUUUCCACAAAAAAAGCAAAAUGUUCAAGUUUGCAGCUGUUGCAAUGCUACUGGUGGUGGCCGUCUCCGCUCAGGGGUACGGUGGCGGUGCCGGCGAGGGUCUCGGGAGUUAUGGUGGACACCACGAGGAUCAUAAGGACCACCAUGCCUAUCCCAAGUACAAGUUCGAGUACGGCGUCAAAGAUGAUCACACCGGAGAUCACAAGAGCCAGUGGGAGGUCCGCGAUGGUGAUGUUGUCAAGGGCGGUUACUCUCUGCUUGAAGCUGACGGCACUGAGCGUGUGGUUGAGUACACAUCCGAUAAGCACAACGGUUUCCAGGCUCACGUGAAGAAAGUAGGACAUGCGCAUCACCCACAGGUCCAUGGACACCACGGUGAAUGGUAGGACCCAGGAACGAUUGACUGUGAUAUGAAUGUUUGACCAACAUUGUGAUU